AUGGCAGUUAUGGGACCUAACUUGCUUCUUACAGCAGCCAUAUUGUUCUGUCUAGGGGCUGUUGCCCAGAGCUGUACAUCCCAAGGCAUCGACUACAGCAAUGGUGGCUCUUAUUACAUAGAUUCAUCAUCAAACGACUACUUCAGCUUUGUCUCUGAAUUCCAAGGAUGCUAUCGUGAAUCCAUCAGCCCCGUGCUGGUCGAUCCCGACAACAACCAAUAUGCAUGUUCUGCUAUCGAGAUUGGCAACUCAGGUGCAAAGGUCACUUCGCUAUGCUACAUACCAUUCUCAGCCAUGAGAACGGGGCCGUGGAAGCUUGUUUUGGUUGGACGCCAGAUCUCCACGGAGCGUAUCAUCAAUCUCAAAGUCGGCCCUCUUGCAACUACGACGGUCACUGCUACUCCAACCAUCAUUGUUGGUAUCACCAGUACCCCUAGAGCGAUCACCGUCGUGAGCACAAUCAUACGGACACAGACGCUGGUCCUGCCGCCUAAAACCACCACACGAGAUUGCAACAUUGGCCAGACCCAGACGGUUACCUUAUACCCCCCGACACGAACAGUGACGACACAGUCGACCAUUACCCGGACAUCGACAGCCGGCCCAGUAACAAAGGCACUCACCACGACGCUUGUUACGACUGCUAAGUGCCACUGGCCAACCAGUCUUCAGGCAAUGGCUGCGAUUGCCGCUACCACGGUCACUGUCACUCAAACAACAUCAACCGUCACCUACACCAGUAUCACAACUCUGCCCACACCGACCACCAGCGAGGUCACCUUGAAGAUAUCCACCCAAACAAUUACGCCUCCUCCAUUGACCGCUUGUCACAGCAGCAAGUCCGGGGCUACCGUCACAAUUACACAAGGAACCCCGUCUGUCAUCACGGAGACGAAAGCUGUAUACACUACUACGACGGUGACGGGCACAGUCUUUCAUGUGCUGACGCAAGAGACAAAUAACGGCAGCUCGACCGUAUAUUCCACGGCUACAAAUCCGAUCAGUGCAACUGCCUGCUGGCGUGCUGGUGGGUGGUAUGGACGCUAG